GCGGCAGCGCUGCCGCAGCCGGAGUGCCCCGGGCCGCCCUCUCCCCGCGCCCGCCCGCCCGCCCUGACGCGUCGCGGCCGCCGCCGCUGUGGGGAGCGCGGAUCGCAGGGGCCCGCGGGGCGGUGCGGCAGCAGCAGCCGGUGAGGAGGAGGGGGAGAGCGGGAUGGAGGAGAAGGUCUUCACCAAGGAGCUCGACCAGUGGGUGGAGCAGCUCAACGAGUGCAAGCAGCUGUCCGAGGGGCAGGUGAAGAGCCUCUGCGAGAAGGCUAAAGAAAUUUUGACAAAAGAAUCCAACGUACAAGAAGUGCGAUGUCCAGUCACAGUCUGUGGAGAUGUCCAUGGACAAUUUCACGACCUCAUGGAACUUUUCAGAAUUGGAGGCAAAUCACCAGACACAAACUAUUUGUUUAUGGGGGACUAUGUUGACAGAGGCUAUUAUUCAGUCGAAACAGUCACAUUGCUUGUAGCUCUUAAGGUCCGUUACCGUGAACGUAUCACAAUUCUUCGAGGGAACCAUGAAAGCAGGCAAAUCACACAAGUUUAUGGUUUCUAUGAUGAAUGUUUAAGGAAAUACGGAAAUGCAAAUGUUUGGAAGUACUUUACAGACCUUUUUGAUUACCUGCCUCUAACUGCCUUGGUGGAUGGCCAGAUUUUUUGUCUACAUGGCGGCCUCUCUCCAUCUAUAGAUACACUGGAUCACAUCAGAGCACUUGAUCGCUUGCAGGAAGUUCCCCAUGAGGGUCCAAUGUGUGACUUGCUAUGGUCAGAUCCAGAUGAUCGUGGUGGCUGGGGAAUUUCUCCUCGAGGUGCAGGUUACACAUUUGGACAGGAUAUUUCAGAAACCUUUAACCAUGCUAAUGGCCUUACGUUGGUUUCAAGAGCUCAUCAGUUGGUAAUGGAGGGGUACAACUGGUGCCAUGAUCGGAAUGUAGUAACAAUUUUCAGUGCUCCAAACUAUUGUUACCGUUGUGGCAACCAGGCUGCAAUUAUGGAACUUGAUGAUACUCUAAAAUACUCCUUUUUGCAGUUUGACCCGGCGCCGCGUAGAGGUGAACCGCAUGUUACUCGUCGCACCCCAGACUACUUCCUGUAAAGAGAUUUUAGACCUGUACAGUAUUGCCAUGAACCAUAUGUUGACCUAAAGAAAAUGGGAAGAGCAACAGUAACUCCAAAGUGUCAGAAAAUAUUUAACAUUCAAACUUUGUUUUCACAUGGACCAAAAGACGUGCCAUAUUCAGUACAAAGCCUCUUGUCAUCAACAACUGUGACCACUUUAGAAUGAACCAGUUCAUUGCAUGCUGAAGCAACAUUGUUGGUCAAGAAACCAGUUUCUGGCAUAGCGCUAUUUGUAGUUACUUUUGCUUUCUCUGAGAGACUGCAAAUAAUAAGAUGUAGACAUUAACACCUCGUGAAUACAUUUAACUUUCCAUUUAGCUAUAGCUUUAUUCAGCAUGACUGUAGAUAAGGGUAGCAGCAAACAAUCAUUGAAGCUUAAAGAACAUUUUUAAAAUAAGUACCAAGGCCUCAUAUUUGUUCUGAAACUGUUUGUUUUAUUUUCAGGGAAUACUGUUUAAUUUAAUUGUAUUGAUUUUUUUUUUUUUUUUUUUUUUUUUUGUCUGCACUCAGUUCCCUUUUCCACUCUGCCCUACCAUAUUGUCCCUUGUAAUUGUCCAAGGAUAGUGAAUUACUUUGAACAGAACUGUUUUUUUCUGUAAAACAAUGUUACUGCAGGACAGAGCUGCAGUGUUUUUCAUAAUAAACUUGUGAACUAAGUAUGGAAAAAUGUCAAAAUUCUAAUUGCAUCUCAGGUCAACUGUGGUUUAAUAAACUAACAUGUAGCUGGA